CAACCUCGCUGCGAAAACAACAGACACAAUUCUCCCAAACACCGGCACAACUUUAACCAACAGAAAAAUGCCACUACAUUUCAAGUAAUCUAGGUCACCGCCUGAGUGAGUUGAAGAGGUUUCGACUGAUACAAGAAAACGGAAACAUUGUUUCAUUCGCACAAAUAAAAGGGCAUCAGUGAGUACAAGAAGAAAUUUAAAGAUCGAGCCGCUACCCGGUCCAGAAGCGCCUCUCCUCAGCGACGGAUGUGCUUAGCUGGACUUCGAUCUGACCAGAUGGGUAUCAGUAGAGAGCCUCAGUUUCUGUCCAAGAGGAAGGUGCCCUCCUCCCACUCGCCCCAGGUGUCCAGCUCCUUCCAAUGGAACCCCACCACCACAGAGCCCCCACAGAGACGAGAUGAGACCCCCAGACCUGGUACCUCUCCCCUGGCUCCUACCCCAGAGAGAGUCCCCACCCCUCUGGCCCCGAGGGGUCCCCCUCCUCCAGGGGACCCCCAACGAGGCCCGACCACUCUUCAGGGCCAGAUCCACACCCGGAGCCCCCUGGCUACUGUAGGGAAACAGGACCAAGCUUUCAAUGGGGUGGACUAUGUGUUGAGGAGGAAGGCGGGGCUGAAGUCGUCUGGACAGAGGACCGGACUACAGAACUCUGAGUACAGGAAACAGUUUCCAUGGAAGACACCUGUAGCUGGCCACGCCUCCCCACUGCUGGCUGCAGAGCAGAUGCUGUACACCAGCCACCGUUCCAUCCCUCCUUUCAAGUCUAACCCGGCGGUGGUGUUGGAGAGCGAGUACAGCAGGAACUUUAAAGCCUUUCCACCUCCCAGAGGACCACGGCUACGCAGCGAUGUAGACCAGGUGCCUCUGUUCCAGAGAGAGAACGUUUCACCUGAGAAAGCAUCCAAGAGCAAGUGGAAGAAGAAGAAAAGGGAAGAGAGAGAGUCCAGCGUCAUAGAGGAGAACAUUCCACUUCCACAGCCUCGGGAGCAGCAGGCGGACCAGGAAGUGAAGUCACACAGCCCCCAGAAGGCACAUCUUCCCCACAGAAAGGUGAAAUCAGAGUAUAAUGCCAACUUCCGCUCUCCACUGAACUACAUAUAUAAGGACGGCGCCUGGGUCAAGGCUUCCACACUAGGGGAGGAGGGGCGUGACAGUCAGCAUAGUCACGUUUGGUAUCACGAGGUAACACGGUCCUAGUCUCCCUGCUGUUCUACUGUACCUUCCUUCUCUUUUGGCUGUUGGCAGUGACCCCCCCCCCUUCCCUCCUCUCACGUUUACAUCAAACCGAGUGACGAUACAUGAGUGAACAGAACACCUGUGUAUCCGCCUCAGAAACAAUACAAUGGGCAAAAAGAGUUUCCAUUGUUGAGUUUCAGAAAGGUCCCAUACCUGAGAUCUAGGCCUGAGAUUGUUGAGUUUCAGAAAGGUCCCAUACCUGAGAUCUAGGCUUGAGAUUGUUGAGUUUCAGAAAGAUCCCAUACCUGAGAUCUAGGCUUGAGAUUGUUGAGUUUCAGAAAGGACUCAUAUCUGAGAUCUAGGCCUGAGAUUGUUGAGUUUCAGAAAGGCCUCAUACCUGAGAUCUAGGCCUGAGAUUGUUGAGUUUCAGAAAGGCCUCAUACCUGAGAUCUAGGCCUGAGAUUGAGUUUCAGAAAGGCCUCAUACCUGAGAUCUAGGCCUGAGAUUGAGUUUCAGAGAGGCCUCAUAUCUGAGAUCUAGGCCUGAGAUUGAGUUUCAGAAAGGCCUCAUACCUGAGA